GAUGGCAGUAGUUUCCACGUGACUUGACAUUGACUAAAAAAAUUAUUUACUAUUUUCCUCACAUUUCAUCACAUUUUCUGGGCAGUUUAUUGAGCAGGGAAGUGGCUGGAGUGCCUCAGUGGCUAGUUGAGUGUCUGAUCUGGCAGUUGUGCUGCAAAUUGCACAAUGUCCGCGGGUAUUUUGUACAAAUUCGCUUGGUUCCUCUUGCACCUCAUCUUCGCAGCGGCGGAAGCUGUGAUUUUCUACCGGAAUUACUUGUUGCGGAAGCUCAAGGAGUUCUCUUCGGUGUCCUACUUGGAGAAACAUGGGAAGAGCCCUGGAGAAUACAUCAAGCUCCACAGGGAACAUCUGGAUAAAAUGCCUCAGCAUUUGGCUGUGAUUCUUGGAUUUGAGGAGCCAAACUUCCUGACUCUGUCCAAUCUCAUCUACUGGGCAAUGGCCAGUGAUAUCAGCUACAUCAGCAUCUACGAUCAUCAAGACAUUCUCCAGUCUCGCCUGGAAGACUUCCGGGAAUUUGUUCGGGGCAGCAAAGUAACUCCCGGUCACGUGGCAUUUGUGUCAGGAAGGCAAGGAAUGGACGGGAAUGGGUUCAAGAGUCAGAUAAAGGUACAAAUCCUGUCGAAAUCCGACGGGAAGCCAGCCAUUGGGAACCUCUGCAGGACUCUGAGCCAGGAAGUGCAGCGAGGGGAUCUUCAGCCAGAUCAAAUUGAUGUGGACUACAUCAACAAGAGACUCAGUGAUCUGACAGGGAGGAUUCCCGAUCCAGAUGUAGCUAUUUAUACGGGAAACUUUUGCUGCACUUAUGGCUUCCUGCCCUGGCAAUCCAGGCUGACUGAAUUCAUUCCCAUGGGAAGUCAGCAGGACUUCAGUCUGGACAACUAUUUGAGUGUCCUGUAUCAGUUUGCGAAGAAAGAGCAGAGAUUCGGGAAAUAGAGAAUCAUCCUACGACCUUCCAUGGGAUCAAUUUGCUUUUCCACAGGAUAUUUCUCCUAUUUUCUCAAUUAUUGUAAAUAAAUAAAUAAAUUUAUAGAUAUUAGAGGUGAA